AGUGAGUUCUCGGGAUCUCUCCUCCCCCAAAAUGGCAGCGGCUGGAGAAGACUUAGAGGAGCCGCGGCUCUCCGAGCUGUUUGAAACCUGCAAGCAGAUUCUGGAGGAGAUAGAACUGGCGACUGAGCCCAGCGGUUCCAAGAUGUUCCAGAACAAGGUGGUCGAGGGGUUAGAAUUCCUUAAGAAGGCCACCGAAAUGUUAACGCAGCUCGACUUGUUCAGCCGAAAUGAAGAAUUGGAAGAGAUUGCUUCUGCCGACCUGAAGUACCUGAUGGUGCCAGCAUUUCAAGGAUCUCUCACCCUGAAACAAGUCAACCCCAGAAAGCGUCUUGAACAUUUGUUUGAGGCUCGAGAACACUUUCUAAACUACUUAACUCAGUGCCAAUACUAUCAUGUGGCAGAUUUUGAGCUCCCUCUACUAAAGCGCAACCUGGAUGAAAACACUCCUAGUUCCUCCAUGGCUUAUCCUAACCUCGUUACAAUGGCAUCUCAAAGACAGGCUAAAAUAGAGAGGUAUAGGUUGAAGAAGGAGGUAGAAAAUAGGUUGUCUGCACUGAAGUCUUCUGUGGAAAAUGGUGAAGCAGAUGAUGAAUGUGUUCGUGAGUAUUACAUACUUCACCUUCGAAAAUGGAUUAGUAUCAGUUUAGAAGAAACUGAAAGCAUUGACCAGGAGAUAAGGAUCCUGAAAGACAAAGACUCGUUGAAAGAGGCACCAGCUUCUCAGUCAUCUCAACUGGACAGGCCUGCAAUGAAACCUUUUAUUCUCACUCGGAAUGUAACCCAAGCCAAAGUAUUUGGUGCUGGAUAUCCAAGUUUGGCAACUAUGACAGUGAAUGAAUGGUAUGAACAACAUCAGAAAUAUAACACAUCAGAUCAUGGAAUAGCCCAGACAUCAGAUUUCAGAAAAGCAUCUGAGCAACAAGAUCAGGAGGAAAAGGAGGAGGAUGAGCAAAAACUUCGCCAAUCUCGGGAGUGGGAUGACUGGAAGGACACCCAUCCUAGGGGCUAUGGAAACCGACAAAAUAUGGGUUAGUCUUCCCACAAGACUCAUGGGCUUACAUCACCCCAACAAAGAAAGCUUUUUAGUCUUACCCGCCCUGGGCUUCUGCUUCAACUGUGUAUAAAAGAGGCAAAUACACUUUUGUUCUCUAUUGAAUAAAGUGUCAAAUGAUUGUGUGUUUAUACCUUAGGUGAUGAGCCCAAUUCUUGUCUUAGCUCUAUCACCCUCAUCAUGUUAUGUUCUAAUUUCUUAAAAGAGUGUCAAGAAUUGGCUCUGUAUAAUCAGUGACUGUAUGAAUUCUCUUUGAAAAUAAAAGUCCCUUCUGUUACAUA